UCCUCUUGCAUUGCUUUUCUCCCUUUAUAUAUAUUUUGGCAUCGUAUUCCUUCUGUACUUGUCAACACUGAAUUCAAAAUCACUUUCGACCAUAUUCUCUUCUUCUUCUCUCUCUCCAUCAUGGUGCAAACAAGGAAGUUCAGAGGUGUCAGGCAGCGCCAUUGGGGUUCAUGGGUAUCGGAAAUUCGCCACCCUCUUCUCAAGAGGAGGGUGUGGCUAGGCACGUUCGAAACAGCAGAAGAAGCGGCACGAGCUUACGACCAAGCCGCGAUAUUGAUGAGCGGGCGUAACGCGAAAACCAAUUUCCCAAUACUCCAAACCCCGGAGGGUGACCCAAAGACGACGCUAACACCCAUCGAUCACGAAACCUCAUCAUCGUCGACGACCACCUCGAAGGAACUGGAAGAGAUUCUUCACGCCAAGCUCCGAAAGUGCGGGAAGCUUCCGUCCCCUUCCAUGACCUGCCUGAGGCUCGACCCCGAGAAUUCUCACAUCGGAGUGUGGCAGAAGCGCGCCGGCCAGCGUUCCGAUUCCAACUGGGUCAUGAUGGUUCCUCCCCUCGGAAAAAAAGGUGGUGCUAAUGAAGGAGGUACUGGAGGAGAUGCUUCUUGUUCUAACUCCUUUCCGUUCUCCGAGUGCGAUCCGACCCCGCAAGUGGCAAGGCAGGAGCUUCUGAGGACGGAGAUGGACGAGGAAGAAAGAAUUGCGCUGCAAAUGAUAGAAGAACUCCUCAGCAGGAACUGCCCCACUAGCCCUUCAUUCAAUAACUUAUAUUAAUUAAGGGAAAUGUUUCCUGAAGAAGGAUAAUUUUAUUCAGUUUCUUUAAGGGUCUUUAGAGAUAAAUUAUGCUGGUGUAACAUUCUCUUUCUAAUAUUUUUUUAAAAUAUUAUUGUUUGCUUAAAUUUACUGACAAUCACAAAUUUCAGUACAUUUCACUUCUAAACCUGGAAUAAGACUUAUUAAUUGAGAAGUGAAAUCUAUCGAUAUUUGUGAUAUUCAGUGAAUUAUAGCCGAUAAUUAAAAAAUGUUAGAAAGAAAGUGUUAGAGUAAAUGUUGUCUGUCUUAUAUCAUGGUUUUUCAUGAAUUAGUGCUUACUUCAAGAAGGACAUGCUAUGCUAUGCUAGGUUGCGUAAUAAGUAGAUAAGUAGAAACAGUAUGACUUUUGUGUGUUUUCUUCUCGCUUUGUGGUGUUAGUCUUGUUACACUCCAUUUAUGUACUUCCAUUUUACACUUUCUUUUAUAGGAUAAAAAGAGAGGAUGGAAUCAUGGAAAGGAAAGUGACUUUUUUUUGUCUGUCUUCUCCUUUUCCUUAAAAGAGAUUUGUAAAUGAAAAGUAUAGAAAAUUAAGGUGUGUACGAAUAACCUUAUAUGUAAA